AGACAAAACGUAUAAUAAGUGAUGUUGUUUGUAAAGAUGUGUAACAAUGUAAUUAAAAUAUGCAAUCUACGUCCUAAAUCUUCUAUAAAAGGAGGACUAAUCAUCCCUCUCUCACAGCACAACUACGUAGAUUGGCAGUUGCAAAUCAUCAAGUGAAAUGGCCCCCAACAUGAACUCAGUGCUUGUCGUGUUGGCCAUCGCAAGCCUUGUUUCAGUGGCAUCUGCCAUUUCUGGAACUGCCACAUUUUACACCAAAUUAACUCCUUCUGCAUGCUUUGAGGGCCGAAACGAGGGCACGAUGGUGGCAGCGGCGAGCAAGUCGAUCUGGGAGAAUGGAGCUGCAUGUGGAAGAAGGUACAGAGUCCGAUGCACCGGCGGUACCACCGGCGGUGUGGCUCACCCUUGCCGGGGUGGAAGCGUUACCGUCAAGAUUGUGGAUCUCUGCUUAGACUGCCAAGGAACCAUCGAUCUCUCUCGUCAAGCUUUCUCUCACAUCGCUAACCAAUCCCCAGUUCCAUUUUAAUUUGACCAAAGAAAUUGCUUGUUCUCCAUCAAUUGUUCA